CUCGAAAUAUGGUUUAAAGAGAGAGGAGCCGGUGAAGACCAACAGCAAAACACCUCCCUAAAUACCGCAAGUCCCCUAGCGUUAUUCGGAUUUUCCACAUAGCCACCGCAUUCAGCUUUUGCCUUGCCUCCUCACGCUCAGUAAACUACCUACCUGCGGCGAUAUCCAAAAUGCCGAGCACUCAGGGAAUCGAGUCCGGCGGGGAGCUCCAUGAACUGCACAUUCCACCGAGCGGGACUCCGAAGCAAAUUGACAUCGUCGCCGUGCAUGGGCUAAAUGGGGACUCCCACAACACAUGGACGCACAUCCCGGAAGGUGGCAAAGGGCCCCAGACCCUGUGGCUACGAGAUCUUCUGCCAGGAAAGCUCCCAAACGCCCACGUCAUGAGCUUUCAGUACGAUUCGUCCACCCACGGCAUGUCCGAGCAAUCAGUCCGUGGCAACGCCGGCAAGUUAGUCCGGCUGCUGCGAGAUAAAAGGGAGGAUUAUGAAGAGGAAGAGCGCCCGAUCGUCUUCAUCGGCCACAGUCUCGGCGGCAUUGUAAUCAAACAGGCCCUCAAACACGCCAAAGACCACGACUUCACCGACAUAUACGCCCACACCAACGGCAUCGUCUUUUUCGGCACCCCGCACCGCGGCGCCGACGCCGCCAGCUGGGCGGCCACGCUGUCGGGCAUCCUGUCGGCCGCGUCCCGGAAGCCGCCGUCCAAGUUCCUCGAGGCGCUCAAGAACGACUCGGUCGAGCUACGCAAGAUCUCGGAGGACUUUCGCCCGUUUGGGGGCAGGUUUAAUAUUGUUAGCUUUUAUGAGGAGCAUGCGCAUCGGUUGUUGGGGAGGGUGGUGGUGGACAAGUCGUCUGCUAUCAUGGGCCUGCCGAACGAGGAUCCCAUGAUGUUGGGCGGCAAUCACUCGACCAUGUGUAAGUUUGGGGUGGGAGAUAGACGGUUUGAUCCGGUUUGGAGAGCAAUUCGGCGGGCUGCGAAGGCGCGUCAAGCUUGAUAUCUCCAUCUAAGGCAGUGAGGUCGCUCCCGAGGUUGUCGUGGAUUUGAAGGCGGGGUGUCGAUGGUGUCAUCUUGUUGGUAUCUUGCGAACGAGAAGGGGAUACUCGGUUUUGUCGCAACAUCAACCUCAGUCAGCAUGACAACCCGGUUUCCUUGAGAAAUAUCAUGAUAAACAGUCCAACAGUGAUACCGGGGUCAGUCAGUUUCGGGACUAUCCCGCCAGGGAUUCUUUCCUCUCGGCCAUUCACACUCCUGGUAUCCUCAUCAUCUCAUCCAAGCAGGAAUCACGACACUCCACCCGCAUCGUUUGAAGCGUGUUGGUCCCACCAGCCCCCACGUCCCGGAAGGGCGGUUAUCGGGUUUAAGCAAUUGUAAGCCGCACCGGAACGGGGAUGUCGAGAGCAAACCCGGGUGCUUC